AUGAAGAACAUUAUUUGGAGUCUUUUCCACCACUGGAUUCCUGUCAAAACCGAGCUAACGAAGAGAGGUAUGGCCUUAAAUCUUUACUGUGAUCAGUGUAAUGUUUAUGUUGAAGACAUUUGUCAUGCUCUCUGGUAUUGUCCUAAGACUCAAGAUCUUUGGAAGCACUUCGGUUUUCUCCAUCUUUUCCUGCCUAACAUUGGUAAAGCCCCUGAUUUCCUAUUUAUCAUGAAGGAUCGGUGUUCUAAGGAGACGUUUAUCCUUUUUCUUGGUGUUACUUGGUUAAUAUGGCACCGUAGAAAUAAAUGCAUCUUUCAACAGAAAAACUUUGAUAACAAAGUUUGGAUAGAAUGGGCCUCGAACUUGAUUGAUUUCCAGCUUCAAACCGAUUCUACUCCUCCUCUUCCUCCUCUGAAAAAGUCUCCGGUUAGCUGGUCUCCUCCUCCCUCGGGCACCUUCAUGAUCAACGCAGAUGUUUCUCUAAUUGUGGGACAACCAGGUUGUGGUUUAGGGGUGGUUAUUCGAGAUCAUUUGGGAGCUGUUGUGGUGGCUGAAACUAUUUUUAUCCCAAGUUGUCUCUCGUUCAAUAUGGCGGAGUCUCUUGCUAUUCGAUCGGGUUUGAAACUUGCGGAUCGUUGGUCUCUUUCUACUAUCUGCAUCUCGUCGGAUUGCCAGUCUGUUAUUCAUGCUUUAAAUGGGGAUAAUCAUUCCAUUACAGAUUGGGGUCUCGUGGUGAAGGAUUGUAUUAAGGCCAAGGAAAAUUUUAAUUUUGUUUCUUUUUUAUUCUCCCCUAGACAGUGGAAUAAAGUGGCUAAUUGUUUAGCUACUUGGGCUCGAUUGUUCAAGACCUCUAAGGUUUGGACUUCGUCGAUGCCGUUGUGUGCAGCUGCUGUUUUAGAAGCAGAUUUGCCUUGUUGUGUUGGGCUAAGUAAAUCAAUGCAUGGCAAUAUUAAGCCCACUAGGGGUCUCAGACAAGGAGAUCCUUUGUCCCCCUACUUGUUUAUUCUGUGUGCUGAAGGGCUUUCAGCCAUUCUUAGUAAUUAUCAUCAUAGGGGUUUGCUUCAUGGUAUUUCAAUUUCAAGAAAUGCCCCUCCUAUCUCCCACCUACUGUUUGCUGAUGACAGUAUUCUUUUCUGUGCUGGCAAAAUAUCAGUCUUUCACCUUUUAAAAGACAAAAUCUCUUCUAUUAUUCACUCCUGGCACCAUAAAUGGUUUUCUAAAGCAAGUAAGGAGACUUUGAUUAAAGUUGUCCUUCAAGCAAUCCCUUCUUAUGCAAUGUCUUGCUUUCGCAUCCCUACUAAGAUUUGCAGAGAAAUAGAGUCUCUUAUUUCAAAAUUUUGGUGGGGUUCUUCUCCUGAGGUUCGUAAAGUGCACUCGAAAAAUUGCAGAAUGAUGUGUCAGUCUAAGUUUGUUAGGGGUCUUGGAUUCAGGUCUUUAACUCAUUUCAACCAAACUAUGCUAGCUAAGCAAGCUUGGCGAAUCUUAAAGUGUCCAGAUUCUCUUCUCAGCCUAGUUCUAAAAGCUCGUUAUUUUCCUCAUACUUCUAUUCUUGAUGCUGGCCCUGGUCAUAGCCCAUCUUAUACUUGGCGCAGUAUUCUUUGGGGAAGAGAUUUAAUGAAGCAAGGCCUCAUUUGGAAAAUUGGUAAUGGUACCACCAUUCGCACUAUUGAAGAUCAUUGGCUUCCAAACUGUAGGAUCAAGUCAUAUUCAUCUCCCCCUCCCUCUGACUCUACUCUUUCGUUCUUUCUCUCCCCAUCUGGGGCUUGGGACCCUUUUAAGCUUCACCAAUUCUUUGAUGACCAGCUUAUUGAUCAUAUCCUUAAUGUUCCAAUUUCUGGUCAUGGUUGUAGUGAUGAUCUAAUAUGGAGUGGGAAUACCUCUGGCCUUUUCACAGUUAAGUCUGCAUAUCACUUAGCUGUUACUUCUAGGGAUAUUCCUUCUACAUCAUCUUUUGAUUAG